CCCUUCUUAUCACUCAUGUUCAAUCCCCUCCUUGAUUCUCCUCUCUCUUUCAUUUGCUCUCACUCUCCCAGUUUCACAGAAACCUCAAUUUCCAUUCCAACUUUCUAAACAACAAUCUGCGGGAAGCCAGAGUACUCUAGCUCUUCUUCCCCAGCUUUCACUUCCUUCUACCUGAAUUUCCAUUUCCCUUAUCUUGGAAAAUUUUAUAUUCAUAGUCAAAUGGCUACGAUUGUAUGUCAAGGUUUACAGUCGUGCCUACAGGAGCCACAGCUUGUAGAGCCAAGAACACUAAGGCUAAAACUCUCUUCGUCGAUACCCCAUCAUCUUUUUUCAGCAACACCUUUAGAACUAGGCUUCAAAUCUUUUCUUUCAUCCGAGUCUAACCACAUAAAAGAGCUUAGUCAUGAAGAGAAAUGCCACUAUGACAAACCCGCCACCAAGAACUCUGACUUGGGUGGCUGGAGUUUCCUCCAAUCUAUCUCCAACAACAGUUCCCAACAACAAAACCCUCCAACCCCGGUUUAUAAUAAGCGGUCAUCAUCGGUUACUAGGCUGAAUGAGAAGAGCUUGGAGCUGUGCACUGAAAACUUGGGCAAUGAGACUGGCACCAUCUUCAUCGAAAACAGUAUUUUCGAGUCGAAUGAUAAGAGUUUGGUGAAGAGGGAUCAGCAGAAGCAGAGUAAAAGCUUGGGAAGCAAGAAAUCUGCUAAUGUUCAUAAUUUUCCUCCUCCACUAACCACGAUAAGCGGCUUGGAGUCUCUACAAGUCAGACCACACAGGGAAGACGGUCGGCUAAUACUCAAGGCUGUCAAGGCCCCAUUGACACAUAAUUGUUUCCAAGCGGAGAGAAGCAAUGGCCGCCUUCGGUUAUGCUUUUCCAAAGACUUCUUUGCUCCUAACUUUGACUCCGAGUCACAAACCGCAGCCAAUCAAGAAGACAUUGAAGCAAACAGUGGUGAGGAUAAUGAAAAUGAAGGAUACGAAAAUGAUAGGGAUGACGAACAAGAAGAACAAGAAGUGGGGGACAUUGACAAAGUAGUUUUGGGAGAACAAGAAGGUCGAGUGUGUUUGGUUGAGGAGUUGGAAGAAAAUAGUUUGAAAGUUGGGGGUGAAGAGGGAAUGGACAAGUUCGGAAGGCCAAGCAGAUGCAAAGAAGGUGGUGAGCAUGAGAAGAAAGGACUGUUAAACUUUGAGCCUUUUAAUUGGGUGGCUACUUGAUCUUAAUCAGUUACUUAAAGCCUUAAAAUUAACCACCUCUUUCUGUCUGUAAUCAAAAUUUGACGAAUUUGUGUUUGUCUUUCUCUUUGUCCCUUUUUAUUCUAUGAAUUCCCUUUGUUUCAUAAUGUC